AUGGGUAACUUGGCCCUUCGCGAGAGAGCGCACGGCUUUCAAUCCUACAACGGUUUGGCUGUGAUGGAACUCCAAUCAAUCCCUGGUGGAAAUGGUGGCUAUGAGCUUCAUCAAAAGCUUCGCACAAAGGCACUUCUCGACAUGAACGAGGAGGGCAGUGCUUGUGACUUGGCUGAAUACUUGUUGGAUGUUUAUGUGAAGGCCAACGUUCCCAUUAACGAUGAAUCUCGCACAGGUCAUCAGUACUAUGAGGCCGAGAGCCACUUUAUUGCAGCAUGUGCCUUCAGCACUAUGGCGGCCGAACCCUUUGCUAAAAUGCUGCUAGAAUGGAAUACGAAAUAUGCGGCUGCUUUGUCAAACGCUGACCCUAGUGGGCCAAGCAAAGACUCGAUCGAACGUGUGCUUAGUGCAAGCGCAUUUCUACGCGCGUAUGUGGAAGCAGCCAUUGCUCAGCACCCAGCGCUACUCUUGCCGGUCAAGCCAAAUCCUAGAGAAUACAAAUCGCCUGCGAAGGUCUCGACUUAUGCGGUGGAAAUUUUUAUGACUGCAAACCCAGCUCUCAAUCUCUCGCAACAAGCAGUGGCCCUAGUUUGUGAUGUACAAAGCAAAGAUGGUGCCGUGCCUGAAGAAAUUCGGGUCUCAUGGCAGAUGCUACUUCGACAGAUCGUUCAGGAAGGCAUUCUCACUGGAAUGGAGUCCGCUUUUGAGCCCCCUCGUCGCCAGAUGGAUGCUCUAUCUAGCAUGUUUUCGGGCAUGUUAGGUGGCUCCAGUGCUGACUCGAAAUCCGAAGAUGCAAAAUUCAAUAUCCGACAGCUUCCUAAACCUUCUGAGCCGUCGAGCAAGAAGACAGCAGGAACAAAUUCCGAGUCGGCGCCUAGCACAAGCGAAGCAGAUCAGCUGUUCAACUUGGCAGAUAUGGUGGGAGUUCCCCCGCCUGGUUACGCCGGUGUGACAAGUGGUGCACCCCCUGGGUUUUUGCCACCACCGCCUGGCGAACCUAAAUUGAUGACACCAGAAGAACUCGCAGCCAAAGCUCGCAAGUGGAAACAGACACAAAGCCGAAAAUAUGGUGACCGUCGUGGGAGGACAGCGUUUGUUGAUACAGGGAAGCAGGAGCUGCCCCCCGAACAUGUUAGAAAAAUUAUCAAAGACCACGGUGAUAUGAGCAACCGUAAGUAUCGCGCUGAGAAGCGUGUGCAUUUGGGUGCGCUCAAAUAUGUGCCACAUGCUAUGAUGAAGCUGCUUGAGAACAUCCCCAUGCCUUGGGAACAGGUCCGCGAAGUGCCUGUGUUGUAUCAUAUUACAGGUGCCAUCACGUUUGUAAAUGAUGUCCCCAAAGUCGUGGAACCUAUUUACCAUGCGCAGUGGGCGAGUAUGUGGCUUGCUAUGCGGAGAGAGAAGCGUGAUCGUCGACAUUUCAAGCGUAUGCGUUUUCCACCGUUCGAUGACGAGGAGCCGCCCAUUGACUACGGUGACAACAUUUUGGACGUGGAACCAUUAGAGGCCAUCCAGCUCGAGCUUGACGAUGAAGAGGAUUCACCCAUAAUUGAUUGGUUCUAUGACCAUAAACCAUUAGUGAAAGAUCGUGAGUGCAUCAAUGGACCAUCGUACCGAUUCUGGACACUGGACCUGCCCAAAAUGGCCGCACUUUACCGCCUGGGACGUACACUGCAGAGUGACUUCACGACUGGUGACCGGAACUACUUUUAUCUCUUUGAUCUCAAGUCCUUCUACACGGCCAAGUCGUUGAAUGUGGCCAUCCCUGGAGGUCCCAAGUUUGAGCCUCUGUACAAAGAUAUGAAUGACUACGAUGACGACUGGAAUGAGUUUAAUGAUAUAAGAAAAGUGAUCAUUCGCCAUCAAAUUCGCACCGAAUACAAAGUAGCUUUUCCUCACCUCUACAACAGCCGUCCACGAUCCGUCUACAUGGGAACCUAUCAUGAACCCAAGAACGUCUACGUGCGGACAGAUGACCCUGAUCUUCCCGCCUUCUAUUUUGAUCCGUCGCUUCACCCUAUGUCGAGCCGCACCUUAAAUCAUGGACAUCUGUUCCGUGACCACUACAAUGAUGGUGAACCCGUCAUCCCACACGAAGACAGCGUGUUUGGAGUGGGUGUCAGUGGCGACGAUCAGCUUCCUGAGGAAGAGGCCUUUGUACUCCCACAAGGCCUCGAACCGUUUUUGGAUGAAGCCCCUCUUGAAAAUGAGCUGACAGCGGAUGGCAUUGCUUUAUGGUGGGCGCCACCGCCGUAUCAUCGUCGAAGUGGAGCAACACGACGAGCUGUUGACGUCCCGCUCAUCAAGGCGUGGUACCUAGAACACUGCCCUCCCGGUCAGCCCGUCAAGGUGCGGGUCAGUUACCAAAAACUUCUAAAGAAAUAUGUGCAUAACACUUUGCACACGCGACCCCACAAAGCGCAGUCCAAAAAAUACCUGUUCCGUCAGCUCAAGGCAACCAAAUUUUUCCAGACGACCCAUCUCGACUGGCUCGAGGCGGGUCUGCAGGUUGUACGACAGAGCUUCAACAUGCUAAACCUGUUGAUUCAUCGUAAGGCACUCACUUACUUGCACUUGGACUACAAUAUGAACUUGAAGCCAGUCAAGACACUGACCACAAAGGAGCGGAAAAAAUCGCGUUUUGGUAAUGCGUUCCACCUUGUACGAGAGAUGGCGCGUUUGACCAAGCUAAUUGUUGAUGCACAUGUUCAGUUCCGGCUUGGCAACUGCGACGCCUUCCAGCUUGCUGAUGGUCUGCAGUAUUUGCUCAAUCAUGUGGGUCAACUGACAGGUAUUUAUCGGUACAAAUACAAGGUCAUGCACCAAAUCCGCACCUGUAAAGACUUGAAGCAUGUGAUUUACUACCGUUUCAAUUCUGGUCCCGUCGGCAAAGGGCCAGGUGUUGGGUUUUGGGGUCCGUCAUGGCGUGUGUGGAUCUUCUUCAUGCGCGGUAUCACACCACUGCUUGAACGUUGGCUUGGAAACUUGCUUGCUCGUCAGUUUGAAGGACGUAAUGGACGCUCAGGAGGCAAGUCAGUGACCAAACAGCGUGUUGAGUCGCACUUUGACUUGGAGUUGCGCGCUGCCGUCAUGCACGAUUUGCUUGACAUGAUGCCUGAAGGCAUUAAGCAGAACAAGAGCAAGACCAUUCUGCAGCAUUUAACAGAAGCGUGGCGCUGCUGGAAAGCCAAUGUGCCUUGGAAAGUUCCAGGUAUGCCGACAGCGAUUGAAAAUGUCAUCCUUCGAUAUGUGAAGUCUAAGGCAGAUUGGUGGACAUCCGUCGCGCACUACAACCGUGAGCGAAUUCGCCGUGGUGCGACGGUGGACAAGACGGUGAGCAGGAAGAACCUGGGUCGUCUAACGCGUUUGUACUUGAAGGCUGAACAGGAACGCCAGAAUGCAUACCUGAAAGAUGGCCCGUAUAUCACAUCCGAGUCGGCCGUGGCCAUUUAUACGUCGACAGUGCACUGGCUCGAGAGUCGCAAAUUUCAACCCAUUCCCUUUCCGUCGCUCAACUUUAAACAUGACACCAAACUGCUGGUGCUUGCACUAGAGAAGUUGAAAGAAGCCUACAGUGUGCAAGCUCGACUGAACCAGACACAGCGUGAGGAGCUGGCACUAAUUGAGCAGGCCUUUGACAAUCCGCAUGAGACCCUGGCCCGCAUCAAACGUCUCAUGUUGACCCAGCGUGCCUUUAAGGAGGUGGGACUGGAGUUUUUUGACACAUUUGCCAAGCUGGUACCUACGUAUGACAUUGAGCCCAUCGAAAAGAUCACGGAUGCCUAUCUGGAUCAGUAUUUGGCCUAUGAGGCGGACAAGCGUGCACUGUUCCCUGCCUGGAUCAAGCCCAGCGAUCAGGAGCCACCGCCUUUACUCGUGUACAAGUGGUGCAAUGGUGUGAACAACCUGACGGAUAUCUGGGACACCUCCAACGGCGAGUGUAAUGUUUUAAUGGAAACGACCUUGUCAAAGGUUUUCGACAAGGUUGAUAUAACGCUGCUCAACCGUCUAUUGCGCCUGAUUAUGGACCACAAUUUGGCUGACUACAUCACGGCCAAGAACAAUGUGUCGAUUGUAUGGAAGGACAUGGCCCAUGUCAACUCGUACGGUCUUCUCCGUGGACUUCAGUUUUCUGGCUUUGUGUUCCAGUACUACGGCAUGAUUCUGGAUCUGCUCAUUCUAGGUCUACGCCGCGCCAGUGAUAUGGCCGGUUCGCCCAAGAUGCCCAACGGCUUCUUGCAGUUCGAAAGUACGGAGAUCGAGACCCGUCACCCGGUACGUAUGUACAUGAGAUACGUCGACCGUGUACACAUUGUCUAUCGUUUCACGGCGGAUGAGGCUCGCGACCUUAUCCAGCGGUACUUGAGCGCAAACCCCGAUCCAAACAACAGCAAUUUGAUUGGGUAUAACAACAAAAAAUGUUGGCCCCGUGACUGUCGCAUGCGCCUGAACAAGCACGACGUGAACCUGGGCCGCGCAGUGUUCUGGACUGUGAAGAACUCGUUGCCACGCAGCUUAACCACGAUCGAGUGGGACGACACGUUCGUGAGUGUAUACAGCAAGGACAACCCGAACCUGCUAUUCGCUAUGCAGGGCUUCGAGGUACGCAUUUUGCCCAAGAUUCGCCAGAGUGAUAUGGGCGAUCAGCGCGACGGUGUCUGGUCAUUAGUGCACGCAGGCACCGGUGAGCGUAGUGCGCAGGCCUAUCUUCGUGUCUCGGAUGAAUCCAUUGCCAGUUUCCACAACCGUGUACGGCAAGUGCUCAUGGCCGCUGGCUCCGCGCCGUUUGCCAAGAUUGUGAAUAAAUGGAACACGUCGCUGAUUGGACUCAUGACCUACUAUCGUGAAGCGGUGAUUCACACAAACGAGCUGCUCGAUUUGCUAGUGAAGUGUGAAAACAAAGUCCAGACGCGAGUGAAGAUUGGUCUGAACAGUAAGAUGCCUUCCCGUUUCCCGCCCGUGGUCUUCUACUCGCCGAAAGAGCUGGGCGGUCUCGGCAUGUUGUCGAUGGGUCAUGUUCUCAUCCCACAGUCUGAUCUGCGCUGGUCUAAGCAGACGGAGACAGGUAUUUCGCAUUUCCGUUCGGGCAUGAGUCACGACGAGGACCAACUAAUUCCCAACUUAUACCGGUACAUCCAGAGCUGGGAGUCUGAGUUCCUGGACUCGUCGCGAGUAUGGUCCGAGUAUGCUACCAAGCGUCGUGAAGCUACGGCCCAGAACCGGCGUCUGACGUUAGAGGAUCUGGAGGACUCGUGGGACCGUGGUAUUCCACGCAUCAAUACGUUGUUCCAGAAGGAUCGGACGAUCUUGUCGUACGAUAAAAUGUGGCGUCUGCGGAAUGAAUUCAAGCAGUACCAGCUUCUCAAGUACAAUCCUUUCUGGUGGACAUCGCAGCGGCACGAUGGCAAGUUGUGGCAGCUGAAUCAGUACCGUACUGAUAUUAUCGCUGCAUUGGGUGGUGUAGAAGGCUGUCUGGAGCACACGCUAUUUAAGGGCUGCAACUUCCCUACAUGGGAAGGUUUGUUUUGGGAGAAGGCCUCUGGAUUUGAGGACCAGAUGAAGCACAAGAAGCUGACCAAUGCGCAACGCUCCGGUCUGUCGCAGAUUCCCAACCGGCGCUUUACGUUGUGGUGGAGUCCGACAAUCAACCGUGCGAACGUGUAUGUCGGUUUCCAGGUGCAGCUGGAUUUGACGGGUAUUUUUAUGCACGGCAAGAUUCCCACCCUCAAAAUUUCGCUGAUCCAGCUGUUCCGAGCGCACUUGUGGCAGAAGAUCCACGAGAGUGUUGUUAUGGACUUGUGCCAAGUGUUUGACCAGGAACUAGAGGCGCUGCAGAUCGAGACGGUCCAGAAGGAGACCAUCCACCCUCGUAAAUCGUACCGCAUGAACGCGUCGUGUGCAGAUAUUGUGCUGUUUGCAUCGUACAAGUGGCCCAUGUCGAAUCCAUCGCUCCUGACCGAUUCGCGUGAUGUCAUGGGCGGCGCAAGUGGCUCUAAGUGGUGGAUCGACGUGCAGCUGCGAUGGGGUGACUUUGACUCUCACGACAUUGAGCGCUACUGCCGUGCCAAGUAUCUGGACUACACCACGGACAACACUUCGAUUUACCCGUCGCCCAGUGGUGUGCUGAUCGGUAUUGACCUGGCCUACAGCAUGCAUAGCGCGUACGGGUCGUACAUCCCCGGUGCGAAGCCCCUGCUGCAGCAGGCCAUGGCCAAGAUCAUGAAAGCGAAUCCGGCGUUGUAUGUGCUCCGUGAGCGUAUCCGCAAGGGUCUGCAGCUGUACAGUUCGGAGCCGACAGAACCUUACCUCAACUCGGGUAACUAUGCGGAGCUGUUCAGCAACCAAGUGAUCUGGAUGAUUGAUGACACGAAUGUGUACCGUGUCACCAUUCACCGUACGUUUGAGGGCAAUUUGGUCACGAAGCCUAUCAACGGUGCCAUCUUUAUCCUAAACCCCCGCACAGGUCAAUUGUUCCUCAAGGUCAUUCAUACGUCCGUCUGGGCUGGUCAAAAGCGACUCGGCCAGCUGGCCAAGUGGAAGACAGCAGAAGAGGUGGCUGCGCUUGUGCGCUCGCUGCCAGUCGAAGAGCAGCCCAAGCAGGUGAUUGUCACGCGAAAGGGUAUGCUGGAUCCGCUUGAGGUCCAUCUGCUUGACUUCCCGAACAUUGUGAUUAAGGGCUCGCAGCUACAGUUGCCGUUCCAGGCCUGUAUGAAGCUUGAGAAGAUUGGCGACCUGAUUCUGCGUGCGACGCAGCCGCAGAUGGUGCUGUACUCCCUGUAUGAUGACUGGCUGAAGAGUAUCUCGUCGUAUACAGCCUUCUCGCGCUGCAUCCUUCUUCUACGUGCGCUGCACGUCAAUACGGAGAAAACGAAGGUCAUUUUGCGGCCUACGAUCAAUACCAUCACUCAGCCGCAUCAUAUUUGGCCGUCUUUCUCUGAUGAGGAAUGGAUCAAGGUUGAGAUUGCGCUGCGCGACCUUAUCCUACAGGACUAUGGACGGCGCAACCAAGUGGCGGUGGCCAGUCUUACGUCGAGCGAGAUCCGUGAUAUCAUUCUGGGCAUGGAGAUCUCGGCGCCGUCGACGCAACGGCAGCAGAUGGCCGAGAUUGACCAGAACCAGCCCCAACAGCAGGUCACGGCGACGCAAACGCGCACGGUUAAUGUGCAUGGCGACGAGAUCCAGACGGUCACUACGACGCAGUACGAAAACCAGCAAUUUAGCUCGAAGAGUGACUGGCGUGUGCGGGCACUUAGCGCGACGAACUUGCCGCUUCGGUGCCAGCACUUGUAUGUGUCGAAUGAUGACGUGCGCGAGGAUGCGGGAGCACUCACCUACGUGAUCCCGAAGAACAUACUCAAGACCUUUAUCGUCACCAGCGACCUGCGCACGCAGGUUGCUGGUUUCUUGUACGGUUCUUCGCCGCCUGACAUGCCUGCGGUGAAGGAGAUCCAGUUGAUUGUGUGGGUCCCGCAGCGUGGCAGUAACACUGGUGUCGAACUUCCCGAUGCGCUUCCAACGCAUGAGUACAUGCUGAAGGACUUGGAGCCACUAGGGUGGAUCAAGACGCAGUCCCAGGACCUUCCGCAUCUGGCGCCGAGCGACGUUGCGAUGCAUGCCCGGAUGAUGGCAGCGCACCCUGAGUGGGGCGCGAGCAGCAUUUGCAUCACGUGUGCCUUCACGCCUGGCUCGGUAAGUCUCGCGGCGCAUUCGCUUAGUGUGGCGGGCUUUGAAUGGGGUCGCAAGGCGUCGGCUGCGGAUGCCUUGGGACCAGCGCCGGGCUUCCAUCGCGGAAUGGUUGACAAGGCUCAGCUGCUGCUUAGUGAUCGAAUUCUGGGCACCACGUUGGUGCCAACAGAUGGUGCGUGGAACUACGGCUUGUCGCUGUCGGCGCAGUGGACGCCGCACUUCCAGUACACACUCCAACUUGCUCCACCAGCGGCCUUCUGGGACGAGGUGCACCGCCCCCAGAACUUCCUUUCGUUUGCGGGGGCCCUGGCCGACGAAGAAAAUGCGGCUGAUUGGCAGAAUGCCCUCGCCUAA